AUGUUCAAGUAUGUUAUCAAGAGGGUGCAGGUAUUUGCCACUUUGCAGAAGGAAAUCAUAGCAGUGAAUGGGGUGAUAAAGACAAUGUCGGGAGGACUGACGCUGUGUGUUGCUGAGGAUGGAGAGAGUUUGAAGGUUGAAAACUCAUUACCGCAGGAGCAGAAGAUUGUAAUCUCGGACAAUCUGCAUGUCUUGGCAUCCGCAGGGCUUGAGGUCGGAGUUGCAAGUCAGCCAAAGCCUUUGAACCUCACCCUGUCUCUUGAGGCAAGUGAUAUAGCCGCGGCAGGUAAAGGACCUCGUCUCCCUCUUACAAUUGGAAACACCGCCGCCGUGGCCUCCUCUUCUACCUCCUCCCCCUCCCCCUCUCCAAUUACAGCUCAGCACAAUGAAGUUCUUAAACUCAAGGACGUGUUUCUAUACUUUUCCACCGGUGCCACCAUCGCCGGCGUCUUCAGACCACCAGGCAUUAGCUUCGACUGCACCUUGGACCUCUUUGGGCACACUGCAAAGAUCAACGCCAUCAUCGCCGAGCAGAUCGCAAUCAUCCCCGCCACCGUUGACGUCGUGGUAGGCCCAGUAGACAACAACAUCAAGCUCGACGGAACAAUAGACCUCUACGCACUCGCUAUCGACAUCAGUGCAAACAUUGAGGUCUCUCCACAACCCUCAUUUAACUUUGUUGCCAAGAUUGCGUUCGCAGAGGCGCUCGAAUCCGACCUAAUCGCCAACAUAUCUAGCGAGCUUGCUGAAGGAGGUGGUACGAAGGGCCUCGACUUUGACCUCACUGCAGAGAUGCACAAAGAGAUCAUUGCACACAUCGUCAACACCGCUCAGGACCACUUUAUUGCCGCCGACACUGCCGCGCGAAAUAGCUAUGCUGAGAAGGAGAAAGUGCUAGACGCAAAGGAGGCAUCCUACAAGAUCAAGCCUCAAGCCGCGGAGGACUGGGUCAACGCCAAGAAGGCUGAGGCCGAUGCGAAGCGGACAGCGGUCAACAAAGCGUUCGACGACCGGAAAGCGGAGCUUGAAUGGGAGAAGGGUGUCGAGGACCGCGAGCUGCAGGAUACAAGGCAGAAGCUGGAGGAUGCGGUGCGCAAGGUGCAAAAUGAGCUGGAGCAGAUAAAGGCGGAUGUGGCAAAGGCGGUACAGGAGGCGAUGGUGGCCGUCGAGACUGCGGCGAGGGAGGGCGAGGCGAAGAUUGAGGGGCGGAUUUGGCAGCUGCGGAGACUCUCAAAACCUCAGCAUUGGGAUGUUGUCGAGCUCGAAGUAGAAAAAGAUGCCCUCACCGCCCCCGUCUGGGUCGCCGAAAAAGCGGUGGAACUCGGCAAUGACGCCGCCAAAGCCGCCUAUGCCAAAGCGCAGUCUGUGCUCGCGGAAGUCCAAAGCACCCCCACCGAUGACGAAGCCGACAUUGUAGAAGGCGCCAAAAAGCUCAAGCUCGCCCUGCAAACUGCACAGCAGGACGCCGACAAAGCGAUCGAUGAGGGAAUGAAGGCCAUCGACGAGGUCGCAAACAGCGUGCUGAAGCUGGCAUUUGAUGUGGCGCAAAGGGACCUCAAUAUGUUUAUGGACACUAUGGUAGGCGCAAUGAGUGAUGUGCAAGCCGCAGUUGAUGGGGUCGAGGAGGCAGGCGAGUUUAUGUUGUAUAAACUUGCAAUUACGGACCUGGAGGCGAUCAAGCACAAUAUCAAGAGCUUGGAUCCAGAGCGGAUGGCCCUGGACUUGCAGGAGGGGACGCAAAAGGCGCUGGCGGCCGUCGUGAAGGAGGCGCUGGAUCUCGCGGGGAAUAUCUUUGAUGUGGAGGAGGUCAAGAUGUCGGGGAGUUUGAGGGGGUUGCAGGAUGGCUCGGAGCCAUCGAGUGUGACCCCGGUGGCAAAGUUGGGCGGGGAGAGAAAGCAAUUUACGUGCAGUUACAGGCCGGGGGGGAUAGAGGAUUUUUUCAAGGGGCUGUGGGAUGAGGUGUGUAAAAGGCUGUAG